CGUGACAAGUGCAGUCAUAUACGAGUCGUGAAAUCAUAUCAGCAAUUGAAUGGCUUCAAAUAACAGAGGCCCAGCUGAAAGCUUGGGGCACCAACACCUCGAAUUUGGAUCACAUUCAUUGAUGUCUUUCGAGAUUCGGGACAUCCAACGCACGUAAGCACGAAUACUUGCCCAGUACUAGUAUUAAUCGCGAAGUACACGAUAGGGGGAAAUAUAAAUACCCCCUAUUGAUUCUACCUCCUACCACAACUGCAUCAAUGGCUACCAAUUCCGAACUCGUUGAUGACAGCAGUACACCUCCGGCGUAUGACACAAUAUUCUCAGCAAGUCCCAUUGAAUGCGAUCAAUCAUCUGUAUUUUCCUCUCGUCGCAUGAAGAACAAACGUACAGCCGUUCUGUCCCGCAUCCGUGAUAUCGUCUUAGGCCCUGAUUUCACCCCUUCUUCUGUGGUUCCAAAUGUCAAUGCCUGCGCUGCUGCUCUCCCAGCUGCCGAGUUCUUCAAAAUCCUGCAAAAACGCAAUAUCGAGGGCCACACAGCACUGUAUUGGGCGAUUGUGAACAAUCGGCCACAAGCUCUUUGGGCGUUGAACAAGUUCAUUUUCAUUUCCGGUUAUUAUUCCUCUGUUUGUGAGGACGACUUGCGCGAUGCAUGCAUGAUAACCACCAACCAUGCAAUUUUUUGGCAGCUAGCUCUUGGAGUUCGAAGCGAAGACACGCGUCUCAGAUACUUUUUAGGUUGCCCAUCAGAUCGGAUUCAGGUACAUAUGUACGAUGAACCCGCCAACCAGUUCAAUGUUGUUCUGCGAAUCGGGAUGUUCCAAAAACGCCUGCGUGCGCCUGCUACCAGUACUACUGGUGAUACAAAGUUGAUAUACGAAUUUGUUGCGGGGGGACGCAUAUGGUGGUUGCGCUUCCACAUGCCAGAUUUUACUAAGGGAAUAUGGUGUGUCGACAUUGGUCUUUGUUGGCGUAGCCAUCCAGCGCGUCUUAACGCUGUACUUGUGAUCGAGGCGCACAGCCGGAAACCUGGCAGUACAGCCCCACCUGAAGCACUGAAAAUUCCAUUUUCAUUGACGGACACAAAAUUUGUGGCUCUUGCACCCCUGAAAACUGACCAUCCUCGUCCUUCGAACAUUACAUGGCACAUAGAGAAGGAGCUGGGUGAUUGGGUAAUGCACGAUAAGACGCCAUAUGUAGACGACGAGGGCACCCUAAAUGCGACGCUGGAGAUAACAUUAUUAUGAAUCCGAUGGUACCAGCUAAAAGUCUGCAUUGAGACUAUAGUUGAGCAGUACAAAUGAUUUGUACAAAUUCCGUAUUCCUUCAAUGCUACGCGUGAUGGGCCACUGAAUGUCUCGAACAACGUCAAGCGCUCGUUCUUGCUGGCAUCCAGGGACCAAGACGGACCAUGGGUGAGAGUGUAGGGAAGGGUUCCGGAUGGUGCAAUUGGGCUCGCGGGACGGCUUGAGAGGUGCUGGAGGAUGUACACGGCCAUUAUUGGAGCAGGGUGACGCUGGCGGCUGAAUGCAGUUGGGAGCGGUUCGAGAUCUAUAUGUUUAGUCAAGCAAAAUAAAGUUGUGGCACGCAUCUGAACAGUCGCAGUUCGGUCCUAAGCUCGUCGAU